AAUCAGAUAAACUGACUUGGGGUCAGUUGAAUGUGAGCUGGCCAAUACAUUGAUCUUUGUCUAGUUGCCACUCGGUGAAGACAAAAUGAACUUCACCAUAAUUCUAGCUUUGUGCUGUUUAUCUGUAGUUAUUUCAGAAGGUUUGGCUUAUUCCUAUGCUACAAAAUACAUUGAUGUACCGUUGGAUCAUUUUAGUUUCACCUCUAAUGCCACGUUCAAGCUGCGAUAUUUGAUUAAUGAUACUUUCCACAUUGAAAGGGGUCCAAUUUUUUUCUACACCGGUAAUGAAGGGGAUAUCAACAUAUUUGCCCAGAAUUCUGGGUUCAUGAACGAUAUUGCACCACAAUUCAACGCUUUAUUGGUUUUUGCUGAACACAGGUACUAUGGAACAUCCCUUCCAUUCGGGAACUUAUCUUAUACCUCACCGAAGUAUUUGGGAUAUUUAUCAUCCAGUCAGGCACUGGCUGACUUUGUUUACUUGAUAAACGAACUUCAAAAAAAGUACGUCACUACGACGGAUUUGCAAAAACUGCCAGUGGUGGCGUUCGGAGGUUCCUAUGGGGGUAUGCUUUCUGCGUGGCUAAGAAUGAAAUACCCAGGCUCGGUGGUCGGAGCCAUAGCUAGUUCUGCGCCCAUUUGGCAGUUCAAAGGGUUGACCCCAUGUGAAAACUUCAACAGAAUAACUACCAAUGUUUAUUCAGCACUGGGAGGGAACACGUGCAGUGAAACCAUAAAGAAAUCUUGGAAAAUAAUUCGCUCUUUCACAAUGAAUGAUACAGGAAAAUCAGAAUUGUCCAAAUACUGGAAAUUAUGUUCGCCUCUGAACACAACGGCUGACGUUCAAGCACUCAUAGACUGGCUUACUGAGAUUUAUGUUGACAUAGCUAUGCUCAACUAUCCUUACCCGACGAAUUUUCUGGCUGAACUUCCUGCGCAACCAGUCAGAGCGUUUUGCAGUAAAGUGAAUCGAAAGGAGUACAAUGACAAUGCAGAAUUAUUGAAAACGAUUGGUGAGGCUUUGGAAGUUUACACUAACUACACGGGAAAAACCAAAUGUAACAACAUCAACACAACUUCUGCGUCGUUAGGCAUUCUGGGAUGGGACUUCCAGUCUUGCACAGAGAUGAUAAUGCCCAUAUGCUCAACAAACUACGACAUGUUCGAGAACCAACCGUGGGACUUCAAAAAAGUGUCGGACAAUUGCAUGAACAAAUUCGGAAUACGGCCUAGAGAUGAAGAGGUACCUAUUCUGCAAUACGGGGGCAAAGACAUAAGUUCUGCUUCGAACAUCAUCUUCAGCAAUGGACUCUACGACCCCUGGUCCAGCGGUGGAGUGCUCAGAAACAUAGGCGCUAGAAUUUUAGCUAUUGUGAUACCAGAUGGCGCCCACCAUUUCGACUUGAGGGGAGCCAAUGUCAACGAUUCAUCAUCCGUCAAAGCUGCAAGAGAAUUUCACGUUCAUCAUAUCCGCAGGUGGAUCGAUAGGUUUUAUUUUGAUAAUUUGAGAGAUGCGUUGAAAUAUGAAUUUUAUAAGAGCACUUCAUAAUUGUAAACACUUGAUAAUAAACGAUACAUCAGGUUUGCCAAA